UUAAUAAUUCAAGUCUCUCCGAUCUCCGCCUAUGACUCCAUAUAAAAUCGUCUAAUGGUAAGGUUUUUUCAUCGCAUUUCCCCCUUUCGUCCCUAGCAAUCUUUGGCUGGUCGAUCAAUAAGACCGCUUACCGCUUGCUUGUGCUUGUGCCGGGCCGGUGUUGAGUCACGCAUUCUGACAUACGCGCAGGCAAGAACCAAGAACCCUAUGCAAGAACCGUUUGGAAAAGACUCGACAGCAUACCUACGCGAACCGCUGCUACUUGCGGUACGACGAUAUUUGGGCGGUCGAGUGCGUGCGAAAACGGUACCAAAAGUGAACCAACUGCUACUGUGAUACGACUCGCGUGACAUGGACCGACGUGCGGGUGUACGAAAGGUGGUGGCUAGGUGACAUAAAGGUUGAUAUGGACUGAGGCAAAGAACAUGUGGACUUUUUGGCUUAUUCUUUCCCUGAUAGUUUUAGGUUUUCUCCUGCCUUCAAUCGAUGCUUUACAACUAAAGAGCUACAUCUCUGGCCAUGGACUUCAUGGUACGAUUACCUUUGCGAAGGUAGAUGCUGGAAUAAAAAUCACUACUGAUCUCAAACCCACGCUAGAAUAUCCUAAUCAAAUAUGGUCUUGGUAUAUCACGGAGUUCCAGGUUGAUUAUUCCGAACUUGAAAAUAGGUGUACAAAUGAGAAAUUAGGCAAACGACUAGUUAAUCUAGAAGAUAUAUUUGGUUACCUGUUUAUACCAGACAAUUCUACAACAGAAUUCACAACAGAUAAAAUUCAUUUAACUGGACCGACUGGGCUAUAUGGAAAAUCACUCCUGCUGAUGAAUGUGGAAACGAAUGGAGUCAUCUGUGCCUCAGUAUUUCUAGCAGACAAAUCGAAGGAAAAUAGCGCAACGGCCAGGUUCAGUAGUCCCGUAUCCGGAAAUGUACACUUCCGGUGGCUCCGGUCAAACGAUAGUUCCCACAAUGACCUAAUGAUAACGGCUGAUUUGUACCACGUGCAUAAUAAAGAAAACGUCAGCAAGUCGUUACAAUAUACAGAACAUUCGUGGAAGGUAUACGUCACUGAUGUUCUUGAAUCUGAUAAUGACAGGCAUGAAGACAACUGCAAUAUCCUACAACUGGUAUUCGAUCCUGACGACAGAGGCUCGGGAAAGAGCGUGGGGGAUCUGGAUUCUAGACUAGGAAAGCUCAAAGUUUCGCGAAAUUACAACAGAUAUAAGUUCAAAAAGUUGUAUAGAGACACCGAACUAGAUCUAAAUCCUGGACCGCAAAGAUCACUAUAUUUAGUGCUUUUUGAGAGUAAACACGAAGACGUAUUUCUUGCUUGUGCCAAAAUACGCUACGAUAAGUCUAUAGGAGCUAGAGUUAUCAUCCAGUCUGGUGGAAUAAAGGGCGACAUUCUACUUACGCAGCACUCAAAAUUCGAGCCAACAUUCUUACACUUCAAUUUAACAACUUCAAGAGGGGAUCUCGAAACUCGGAUUGUAUACAGCUCAACAGUUGCUGGAUAUAAGAUACAUGAGUUGCCAGUGAAACCAGCUAAGAGUGUUGGGCAAAACGAAAAUUCGUGUUUGACCACCAAAUUCAUCUACAAUCCCUUGAAAAUUGACUUGAACAGUAUGCCUCCAAAUGGAUAUGGUACACAAGAGCAGUACGCUGUAGGUGACCUCUCUGGGAAAUUACUGGGGCGAAAUAAUGAGACUCUCCUGGUACCUGGAGGGCAAGAGUUGAGUGGAGAUUACUGGGAUGCUUUUUUACCUCUUCAAGGCAGACACUCAGUUGUACAUCGAUCUUUAGUUAUUUACAAGAACACUCAUUAUCCAGAAUCACAUUUACUAGCAGAUCCAUGGAUUUGCGGUAGCAUAAUUUUAUAUGAAACACCGGACUUCAAACAUCCGAAAAAGAUCUUCACAGCACAAGCUUCUUUCCGGUAUCCUACGGUCGGUCGUAUGAUAAUGCGUCAAGCUGCCGAAGAACCUUGGGCUGACACUACCGUUUUGGUGGAAUACUUGGUACAUGCUGAUGGCGCAGCUUUAAACGACUCUAUGGGUCACAGAUGGGCGGUUCAUGAUCAUUCUCCCGGAAAGGACUUUUACAGUUGGCAAAAUAGGUGUCUUAGUGCAGGAGAGGUUUAUAAUCCGUAUAAGGUUGACUUCGACAAUAAAACCACUCCACCCUUAUGCAACAUAGACGCAAUAGGUCAUUGCAGAUUGGGCGACAUAUCUACUCGGCAAGGCAUGAUCGACAUAGCUGGAAAGAUAGCAGACAGCGACAAGAUAUCUAGAAAGAUGUGGACGGACACCUUACUGCCUCUUACUGGACACUACAGUAUCCUAGGAAAGUCCCUAGUGCUCUACGACGACUUUGGCCCCAAGGCAAGAGGGGAACGAUUAGCGUGCUCUUUAAUUGGAGGUGUCUACAGAAGAAAGGCAGUGGCAAGAGAUUGGUUCCCGAACGGAGUUGAACUAGCUGUUAAAGGAAAAAUCGAAUUUUUGCAACAGACUGAAUACGAUAUCACGGACGUCGAAGUUAACAUAGAGGGAUUGAAAGAUGCGAGUGGAUACCAUAUUCAUAUGACACCAGUGGAAGAAGACCUUCAAUUUCCUUGUGAAGACACCUCCCUAUAUGGACACUGGAAUCCAUUGAAUGUAGAUCCUGCUUCUUCGCCUAGGGCUUACCAGGGAACACCAGAUCAGUAUGAAAUGGGAGAUCUUAGCGGCAAAUUUGGCAGCCUGGACAAUCAAACCACUUAUAAUACAUACUACAAUGAUACGCUGCUUACUCUGUUUGGACCAAGAAGUGUUUUAGGAAGAUCUAUAGUUAUACAUAAGAAGGAUACUCGACGAUGGGUAUGUUCUACUAUUGAGAGAGGCUAUAGCCCAUCAGAAGCAAGAGAGUUGCGAGCUAUUGCGUCAUUCCACAACCCAAAUGGACAUGCAUUUGGUUAUAUGAAAAUGAGACAGUUGAUAUAUAAUGAUGGCAGUGCUAGUGAUACGACCAUUGAAGUUAAGCUGAGACAUCCUGGAAAAAAUGAUCGUAAUGUUACAAGGGAUCAUAACUGGGCCAUAUAUGUCAAUCCAGUUGGUGUAGAUGCUACUGUCAAGACAUUAAAUACACGAUGCGUUGCUGGCGGUUAUGUCUGGAACCCCUUUUUCACACAAUUAGCAGACCCUCUGAACGAUGAGCUGUACCGACAAGAAUGUGGUCCAGAAAACCCAUUAAGGUGUCAUGUAGGUGAUCUCUCGGCUCGUUUAGGAACCAUUGAUAUUGGAGUCCAAAGGAAGAUAUUUACAGAUGCAAAUUUCCCAUUAGAGGGUGAAGUCAGUGCGGUAGGAAGAUCAAUAGUCAUCAUGACUCCCAACAAAGGUGGAGAAAGGUAUGCCUGUGCAAAUAUAGAGCCUGAUUAUGACAUCAUAAAGUAUGCCAAUAUCGAAAGACCACCAAGAUUUGUUGUUGCACAAUUUAUUGAAGACAUAAGAGAAGUUAUGGGUAUCCCAGAGUGGUUUCUAACAGUUGACAGUAGACAGACGAAAUCUCUGCAUAAUGAUGCAUGUGUUCAAAUCCUUCUGCAUUUCAAGGGACCAAUUGCAAGCAAAUUGGAGCAAGAUUUCAAUAGACUACUAAGCUUGGGAAAGCUGGAAGCUCCCAGUUUGUACAUUCCUGGGUACAUACCAAAGAAACGAAAAUCCAAGAUUGCUUACAAGCAAUGUGGGGCGAGAGAUCCAAAUGAGAAAAGUAAAAGGAGGCAAAGCUUCUUCUUUUUAUCAUCAAGCAGUGUCAGCUAUAUCAGGACUGAUGUUAAAUUAGCUUUAAUUUUGCUUUUAAGUUAUUUAUUUGUAUAGAUGUAAAUAAUGUUUAGUGAAUUGUAUUUUUUAUAUUUUUGGUACUUUCAGAAUGUAUGUGUCGAUUUUUUUUAAAAUAAGAAGUGAAGUGAACAGAUAUAUGUAGUAAGUGAAAUGUACUAUUAUGAUCCAUGUACAAAAAGUAUAAAACAGAUCAAAUAAAAACAGUGUGAGACAAAAAUAUACACUUAAAUCUUGAAGAUAUGGCAG